AUGUCGCCGUCCCCUGCAAAUAAGAGCCCUCCAGCCGCCUCAUCGCCGUCCAUGAUCAAGGGCGCAUCGCUUCUCAUCAUCCUCCAGCUGGCCUCCCGUCUAAUAACCUUUGUCGCCAACCAACUCCUUCUGCGCUAUCUCACUGCUCCUCUUCUGGGCCUUUCGACGCAACUCGAGGUUUACUACCUCUCUGUACUCUUCUUCGCGCGUGAAAGUUUGCGCGUGGCGAUUCAGCGAAGGGACGCUGGAUCCAAAGCAAAAGAGGAGAGCCAAGCAGUGGUGAACUUGGGAUAUCUCUCUAUUGGCCUGGGAAGUCUCGUCAGUCUCGGUCUAGGAUGGAUGUAUCUUGCGUACGCCACCGAGGCAACGCUCUCAACACCGUAUCUUGUCGAGUCGUUGUACUUGUACGGAUUUGCAGCCAUGGUUGAGCUGUUGUCUGAGCCGUGCUUCGUUCUCAUGCAGACUCGACUGCAAUUUGGUACACGAGCUGCUGCAGAAUCUAUUGCGACAUUCUUGAGAUGCAUUGUCGUGUUUGGAUCUGCGGUCUGGGCAUCCAAACACAAUGAUAUUGGAGUGCUUCCCUUCGCUCUUGGACAAAUCACCUAUGGGGCUUCACUGCUGCUUGUCUACUUGGUAUCGGGAUAUCAGCUUGCCUCUUCGAUCGGCUUCUCUCUUUUCCCCAAAACUAUCGCCUCAAAGGAUAAUCGCUUCUGGGGAUCCAUGUUUGAUAGACCUACGAUAGGUCUUGCUGGUAGCAUGAUGGCUCAGAGCGUGGUCAAGCAUCUCCUUACUCAAGGUGACACCUUUCUCAUCUCCUUGCUUGCCUCCGCCAAUGUUCAAGGAGCCUAUGCACUCGCAAACAACUACGGCAGUCUACUUGCUCGUCUCCUUUUUCAGCCUGUUGAAGAAAGCAGUCGAAGCUAUUUCUCUCGAUUGCUGUCAUCAGUGACGCCCGUCAAACAAGGCGGCAAGCCCUCGCCUGUUGUUACCGAAGCAAAGCAAAACUUGUCAACACUGCUUCGACUAUAUAUUCUACUGUCGUCAGUCAUCAUCAGUCUUGGACCCUUUGCUGCCUCGCCACUUUUGGCUAUUGUAGCUGGCAAGCAGUGGGCUGAUUCAGGGGCUGGUGACGUCCUUGCGGCGUAUUGUUUCUACAUCCCUUUUCUCGGCUUGAACGGCCUCACAGAAUCAUUCGUGGCAUCUGUCGCCACAGAGGCCGAGGUUCACGGGCAGUCUGUCUGGAUGGGUGCCUUUUCUGUCGUAUUUGCUAGUUCAGCUUUCCUCUUCAUGAGAGUCUACCCUCUCGGUGCCAUCGGCUUGGUGUUGGCCAACAUCAUCAACAUGGCGUGUCGCAUCAUUUGGAGCGGAGCAUUCAUCAAGCGCUAUUUCAAACGACAUGGUACUGAAUUCAAGAUAAAGAGUCUACUUCCUGAGAGCACACUUGGUGUCUCAAUCGCUACAGCCAUUCUUCUCAGGCAACUAAAAAUCGCAGAUAACGCGGAUCCACCGAUCAAAUCUCUCGUCAAGAUCGCUGGCUCGGCCAUCCCAUUACUGUUUCUCAUCCUGGUCCUCGAGCGCCGUUUUAUCCUUGAGUGUCUAAACUCGGUCCGCGGUCGCAAAACCGCCAAACAAUAG